GUGAGGGGGGACCCCGACACCCGCCCCGCAAGCGGGACCCACAGGUUGGAGGGGUCCGAGCCCCCCUCGAGCCCCAACAGCCACUUUUGGCGGGUCCAGACCCCCCCAGGACCCAUUUUGGGGGGUCUCAGAACCCAUUUUGGGGGGGCUCUGACCCCCCAGGGCCCAUUUUUGGGGAGUCCCGACCCCCCUUCCCCCCAAGACCGAUUAAGGGGCCCCCCCGGACGCUGUGCCCCCUCCCCCCCAGUGCCCAUGGCCACCGGCCCCACGGCGCCGCCAUGGAGGUGAGGGGGCAGCUUAUCGCCCCCCCCGGGCCCCCGGGGCCGCCGGGGCGGCUGCAGGAGCUGCGGGAGCGGCAGCGGGGGCUGCGCCAGGCGCUGGGGCUGCGGCUGCGGGAGCUGCGACGCCUCUGCCUGCAGGAGGCUGAGCUGACGGGGAAGCUGCCCCCCGAAUACCCCCUGGAACCUGGCGAGAGACCCCAGCCCCCACCGCGCCGCCGAGCCGGGGGGCUGCCCCGGGGACCCCUCCCUGAGGCGCUGCGAGCGGCGCGGCGGGAGCUGGCGGUGCAGCUGCAGGUGGUGGAGGCGGCUCGGCGCCUCGCGGCCGCCCCGGGUCUCCCUCCCGAGCAGCGGCGCCGGCGGCAGCGGCUCCAGGCAGAGGCGGCGCAGCGGCUGCGGGUGCUGCGGGCCCAGAUCGACGAGAAUGGUUCCUUGUGUGAUCUCCCUGCAAUAGAGAACGGGGCGCUGCCCCCCCCAAAACCCCCCCCUGGACGCCCCUCGCCCCCCCGCGCCGCCUCCGGCAGCCCCGACCGUCGCUCCCCGUGGACCCCCGACGGUGCCGGGGGGGGCCCUGGACGACGCAGCUCCCUCGCCGGCCCCACCAGCCCAGCACGGACCCUUCCCCGCAGCGCAUCCAGCUUUGAGGGGCGCAGCGUCCCUGCCACCCCCGUCUUGGCGCGGGGGCCCCCCAUUUGCCAGUGAGUGAUUUGGA